AUGUAAAUUUUAUAAAAAUCAUAUAUUCCUAAAGCUACCCAAAUUAUUUAAGUCAUAGAAUUUCUUACAGAAUAUUUGCCUAAAUUCUCAGAUAGUAAUUUAUUACAUUAAAUCAAGAAAGAAUUUACUAAUAUUUCUUAAUACUUGAAUUCUUGAAAUUAUUUGUUAAAUUGAGAAAAUGGCAUUAUAUUGAUUAAUAUGGAUUAAUGAUAUCCGACUAUAAUAAAUUUGGAUAAGCUGAUCAUCAAGAAGAUUAGGCUAUCAAUUUAUUUUAAUAAAAAUGGGGAGGAUUAUAAAAAGAUCUUCCUAUUGUUGAUUUUAAAUCAGCAUAAGAACAACUACACAAAUAAAAAUAAUUUUUACCAGAAUUCAAUUAAGGACAAUAUGAUAUUAUUGGAGAUAAGUAAAUACCAAUAAUUAAAACACUUCCCAUUCCUAACAAUUUAAAAAAAAGAGAAUAUGAAUCUUAAAUCAAUCUCCUAAGAGUAAUACUAUUAUUGAACUGUAGAUUUAAAUUGGUGAAAUACUGUUUCUAUUACGUCCUAUAAUUUAUUGUUCAUUCAUUUUAAAGUUUGGAACUCAAAGCUACUCACCCUAUUUGAUAUCAUUAUCCCUUGAUAUCUUGAGAUUUCUAAUUCAAUUCAAAAUUCAGAUAUUUAGAAAAAGUUAGAAGGAAGAACUUUAAUUAAGAGUUAAAGAUACCAUUGUAAUUAUUCUUGAUAUUUCAGAUAUGCUAUCUUCUUAGAAAUCCAUUUUAUACUCAAAUUCUAAAGUAGAAAUGUUUAAACAAAAUAUUAGGAUUAUUUAUUAAAGAAGAAAAUCUACUUUAUCAACUCAUUAUUGGGUUAUUAGACCUAAGAUCAUCUAAAUGUUUUUUAUUAUGA